AAUGCAGAAGAGGAAGAAUAGUAGCACACAGACACACUCACAUAGGCAAAGCACACAAAACAUGAGUAAUUUAGACCCCACCGGGCUCAUGGCAGCACCGACGCUUUCGGAGGCUGUCAGUGCCGUCUUCAGCGAACAGGAGCGCGAAGCGCUGAAGUCCAACCUGCAGACUGAGCAGGUGGCACAGGCCAAGUACCUUCGCGCUCACCCUGAGGUAAGCCGUAGUCUGCAGGAAGGGCUGCGUCGCGUGCUGCAGACACAGCCAGACAAUCCGGUAGCGGCUCUGACAGAAUACUUCACUAGUGCGGAGUUUAUGAAUUAUGAAUGUAAGGGUGAGAGUGCCGCGUGA